GUAUAAUAAAAGCAUGGCAGACAGCCAGGUCGGAUCAGGGUUAGGGCAGGAUUUUGAGGUUAUCUUCAAUUUUAAUAAAAGCACUAUGGAUAUUCCGGUUGUAGAACAGAUCUUGAACUCUUCAUUGACUACACUGCAACUGACCGCCAAACACUUAUCAUCAGAAGUAUUAUCUGCUUACUUAUGUGCCACUCUAGAAUUACACAACUUGACUAUUGAGACUAGCUAUUGGUUUGGUGACCCAUCCUCGCUUGUAGUAGAUAUGCCUAAAACCAAGUCCAAUCAUUUGAAAAUAUACAUUGGUAUCAGCUUAUCCAUUAUGAAUAGGUUACACAGCUCGAUGAAAGAAGCACUUGAUAAACCAGUUCUUUUAGAUAUCCUCUCAAAAAAGUCGAGUCAAAAGCAAGUUUUGGCAAACUCUACUUUGUCAAAUCAGGUUGAAGAGAUUGCUAUGGCAACCAACAAGAAACACGGAUAUAAAUUUGCUAUUAAUUGUACGUUUAUUGACUUUAUCAGUAUAUAA